GACAUUACCAAGACACCCUUGUCCCUUGGGUACUCCCUUUAAUUUUACGCACUUGUCUAUUGCUUUUAAGCGGACUUGUAAGACAUCCACCUUUCAUUCUUUUACUUCUCAACGUCAGUCGGUAGUAAGAGCCAGAGUAAGGAAGUUCUCUACUGAAAAAGCAAAUCGAUCGCUAACACCAGAAAAUAAAACACAACUUUCUCCGGAUAACGUAGCUCAAUCAAAUAAUUCUGAAAAAAUUCCUAACCCAGUUCUUGAUUCAGAUAACAGAAGUCAAUCAGAACAUACUAACAUACUAACAAUUAUUCAAGAAUCACCCAGAAAUAAAUCAAUAACUACUCUCCCUCUAGUACUCAUACUUGCAGCAUCUGCACUUUUGAGCUUCUAUCUUUAUCAGUAUUUCACCUCUUCUGUUUACAAAUAUCCCGAAGAAAUUCGUAAAAAUCUUCGGAAGGGUCUCUUUUAUCAAAACUAUCGAAAUGAUCCAAACCGUGCUGUUAAUUUUUAUCAAACUGCUUUAACUCAGGCUUUUAAUCACAAACAAUUAGAUAAUGCUUCUCCCGAAGUUACAGGUAUAAUGAUUCAGCUAGGUAGCCUUUACGAGGAACUUGGUAGGACGCGUGAUGCUAUUGAUGUUUUCACGAUGGCUUAUGACGCAAUUUCUACUCCUGACAACGUUCCGAUAAAAUUGGAGGGUGAAAAUAAAAUCAGAUUGAUCGCGUUAGCACAAAAACUUGGUGAUUUACACCAAAGUCUGAAGCAAAAUGAACAAGCUGAGAAAUAUUAUGUGUGGUCAGUAGAGCAAUUACUGCAGUCACAAGCCGAGAGUGCUCAAUUAAGUCAACAUAAGAAUGAUGAUCAAAGUGGAAUUUUUUCAAAGAGGCAUGAGAUAAACGCUUUUCCGUCUUGGAUGACAUUAACAGAUUUAGGUGCUUCUCUUGAAGCCCUGGCGUCUUUUUAUUCUUCACAACAUAAAUAUGCCUAUGCACUCCCGCUUUAUCUUCGUGCUUUAUCUUUGAUCAAUCCACCUGAAUCUUCUUGCCAUUCAGCUGUUCUUAUGAACAACAUAGCAGAGGUGUUUACCGGAAUGGGCAACCUAGAAGAAGCACAGGGAUGGGCUGAACGUGGCCUAAAACUCGUAGAAAAUUUUCGCCCAAAAAAGAAAAUUAUGAGGGAAUGUGAUGAAAGCUGUGGUGUAUUGCUAUUUAAUUUAGGAAUGAUUUCAGAAUUAUCUGGUAAUUUUACAAAAGCUAACGAAUAUUAUGAAAAGGCUCGCCUUUUUGCAAAGCGAAUAAAUUUUGCUGAUUGUGUGACAGAAGCUGAUCUUGCGAUACAAAGAAUAACCCACUUAUUGAGUGAAG